AUGUCUUCUUCAGAAAGCAUGGCCUCCUGCUCGGAUGUAUGGGAAACCAAUAGCGACUACGAUAACAUGAGUAAGGCGCUAGAAGCUAUCAACGGAAAGUUAAAGUCCUGCCAUCUUGAAGCUAACAGCAUAAAGAACAAGUUGAACAGCUUUCAGUCUUUGGGGGAGAGAUAUGACAGCAUGCAGGCAGCGGAUCAAACUGCAAGGCAAAGAUUAGCUUUCAUUCAGAAAGAGGUCAAGUCGCUCAGAGAAAGGAUCUUAAAUAACAGCGAUGUUGAAGUCCAGUUUAAAAAGACCUUGGAGCAAACUGCCUCAAUGCACGCUCUACGUGAAAAACUAAGUGUAAAAAGCGUUGCCCUGCAAAAACAGCUGGAGGAAAUCGACGUGAUGAAAGCACAACAGCAAGCUGAAUUAGCGGGGCAAACACAGCUCCAAAAAGAAAUUGAAGGGAUGCAGGCAGCUCUUAUCAAUUCUAAUGCUUCGGAGGAAACCAAAAAAACACUAAUACGGGUAACAGCGGAAACUCAAUUUGAAAAUAACGUCCUGAGAAAAGAACUUUUUCAACUUAAGAAAAGACAAACUAUUUUCAAGGUCCUGGAUGACAAAUACCACAAAGCAAAGGCAGAGAAACAGGGGAUCUGCCUGCAGAACCAUACUUUGCGACAGGACAUUGAGAAAAUGCACAACGAGCUUGAGAAUGAGAUCGUAAUCCAAGAGAUGCUGGACAGAAUGAACGCCUCAAAGAAAGAAGAGCGCCGUCAAAAUGAGGCCUUACAGAGAGAAAAGGUCCGGCUUGAAAAGAGGCUUCUGCGAGUGGAAGGUUUGAAGGAAUCAUACACUCUCGCCAAAGCUGAGACCGACUCCAUCCUCCAGCAAAAUGAGGCUUUGAGAGAAAAUAUCAAAGAGUUAUGCCAAGAGCUUCAAAAGGAAAAUGCAGCACAGGAGAAAUUGGACGAAAUGAAAAAAUCAAAACAAGCCAUGUGUCUUCAAAAUGACACCCUGCAACAGGAAGCCUCAACGCUCAAAGAGAAGCUCCAGGUUUUGGAAGAUUUAGAAGAGUCUUGUAAGGAACAACUAGUUCAGAAAAAGGCCUUCUCGCAAAAGAAUAACCUGUUGCAGAAUAGGAUUGAGGAUUUGACCAAAGCAGUCCAAAAUAAACAAGGCGUGCGCGAAAAAUACGAGGCGAUGAGAACAUCUAUAGAUGCCUUGAGCAGCGAGAAAGACACCCUGCAACAACAACUCCAGGAUCUUAACAAACAGCAAGAGGGUCUUAAGAUCUUGGAGGCCUUGCACAGAGAAGCAUCCGACCGUGUGGAUGUACUGCAGGGGGGAAAUGUAUCUUUGCAACAGAGCAUCAAUGACGUCAACGAGCAGAUCAGGAUGAGACUACACUUUAAGGGAGAGUUUGAACACCUUGAAGCCGCUGAGGAACCCCUCCAGGCAGAGAAAAGCGCGCUGAGUACAACUCUCGCUGAAGUCCAGGAAAAAUGUCUAAGUCAAUCUGAUUGGCAGCAAAAAUACACAAUUCAGAAGGGGCUGAGGGACAACCUGCAGACAGAGAUUGAAAAGACAGCGGAGGACAUCACGUUUUUUCAAGACAAGCUCAAAAGUCAGGAUGAGUUUGAAGCUCAGUACAAAUCGAUGAAGGCAUUCAAAAAAGUAGCCUCAAAGCAGAAUAACAAUCUGCGCAAACAUCUGAACGACGUGCAGAGAAAGUGCGGAUGCGAACACACUCUGCGGGAGAAGAUCAGCGCCGUUCAGGAAGAAACCAGGACUCUCCAAAGCCAGAAUCAAGAGCAGCAAGAUCAGAUCAAAACUCUGACAGACAUGCUCGGUUUGUACGAUUCCCUGAGAGCCGGAAACAGCGCCACGACACAGGAGGGGGAGAACCUUCUGGAAGACCUCCGAGAGAUCACAAAGGGAGUGAAGAGGAGAGCCCGGGAGGCAAGGAGACGAGGCAGCAAAUAA